AUGCUAGCGCGUGCUAUCUUCGUAUUGGGUCGUAUACGGCACGAUUUAUUAACAUAUCAUUGUAGAAGAAUCACGGCAUUAAAAGACAAUGAAGAAUAUGAUGUCAACAAUUCGUAUACGCUAAAAGCUUUUAUUAAGGAAUUAGGAAGUGCGAUCGAAGAUGACACGCGGAUACGUUUUAUUGAAAAACUAAAUACAUUACAAGAUGCAGCGCGAAAAGCUCUACAAGCUGUUAAAAAGCUGUUAGCACAAUCCCUACCGGUUUAA